AAUAACACGUAAAAGAAUACGUAACUACUUUGCAAUACCAAAAUACUUUUAAACAAGUGCAUUACGCGUAAUUGCUUCUUCCCAUCGAAAGUCGGAAGGUCAAUGAGCGUCCAAAAAUAAUUUGUGUUUACCAUUACGUACUCCGCCUGGGUCAUAACUAGGCACAACAAACAGAUUUAAACUUAGAAUCACGUCAAAACCACAGACUAACUUAACUCCGGAACGUCAAUGUGACAGCGCAUACGUGAAAAGUUUGGCGAAAUUUCAGUUUUUUCGAAUCAAUCGGAAUUAAAUGAUAAAACUUUUAGAAGUGAAAUGACCAGUGAUUUCGUGUUGUCGUGUAAUUACCUGUAUUUGCAGUCGAGGAACGCUUUGAUUCGGGCCUGGGACACCCCGGACGGUUGGUUGUACGGUUUCCGAAGCCUUUACAAGGGUGAGAGUACAGAUGGAUCGAAUGUGGAAUACAACCCGUGGCCUUCUUACUCGUUUACGGGGAAGCUGAGGCCUUUCCCCGCGGGGCCGAAGCGAACUGUGCCUCCUCACAUUGGCCGUCCUGACUACGCUGACCAUCCUACUGGUUUCCCGGCUUCUGAGAAUGCUGCGAAAGGUUCCGGACAGAUCAAAGUGUUGGAUGAUGAGGAAAUUGAGGGCAUGCGCGUCGCCUGUCGUCUGGGAAGAGAAGUUUUGGAUGAAGCUGCCAAAGUGUGUGAUGUUGGUGUAACUACAGAUGAGAUCGACCGUGUCGUGCACGAAGCUUGUAUCGAACGUGAAUGUUACCCGAGCCCGCUGAACUACCACAAUUUCCCAAAUAGCUGCUGUACUUCGGUCAAUGAAGUUAUUUGCCAUGGAAUACCAGAUGUGCGUCCAUUACAGGAUGGUGAUGUUUGCAACGUUGAUGUGACAGUUUACCAUAGAGGAUUCCACGGUGAUCUCAACGAAUCAUUCCUAGUUGGCAAUGUACCUGAGAGCACACGUAAACUGGUGCAAGUUACGUACGAAUGUCUCAUGAAAGCUAUUGAUAUCGUAAAACCAGGAGAGAAAUACCGUGAGAUAGGAAAUGUUAUUCAGAAACACGCUCAAGCCAACGGAUUCAGUGUAGUUCGGUCAUACUGUGGUCAUGGUAUACAUAGGCUGUUCCACACUGCACCAAAUGUGCCACAUUAUGCAAAGAACAAAGCGGUAGGCGUGAUGAAGCCAGGGCACUGCUUCACCAUCGAGCCGAUGAUCAACGAGGGAGGCUGGCGCGAUGAGCAGUGGCCGGACCACUGGACAGCUGUCACUGCUGACGGCUCACGCUCCGCUCAAUUCGAACAAACCCUGCUAGUGACCGAGACGGGCGUGGACAUACUGACGAAGCGCGGCACCGGGCGGCCGUGGUUCCAGGACCAGCUCGAUAAGCUCGCCGCCUGCUAGGCCCCGGCCUUACCCCGCUGAGGUGACGUCACUUUCUAUGCCCCACGACAACAGCCAGUAGUCUUGUAGAUGUCACCGUAAUAUUGUGAAUUCCGUCAGAUUA